CACCAUGAGGGGACCAAUCUCCUCUGGUGUUAACCGAUGUGUACUAUUGUAAUUUCACAAUCGCCAAUUCCAUUGCCGAUCAAAAACAGCAAGCAACGAACGCGCGGUUCGUCUCGAUCCCGUCCUCUCAUGGCUGUUGUUGUUGCAGAGACGUCGUUGAUUUUCGAUUUCGAUUUCAAGCUUUUCACGUACUCAUUGGAACGAUCCAAUCUCAAAAGUCUCUGAUUUUGGCAGAGAGUUUUGUUAACUGAGAGGGGAAUUGUAAUUUUCUUUUUGCCGCGAUUUUGGAUUCGAGGUGAAAUAAUUUGACAGCUGAGGAUUUAAGCAUUUAUGUGCUGCAACUCUGCAAGCUUGUCAUGUACCACUGUGUGUAUAUUGUUUAUAAAUAAAACAGUGGACUUAAAGUUAAGGGAAUGUCAGCACCUGGGAAGUUUGAUUAUUCUUCUGGUGGGCCAGAUAGGCCUUUAUACAGGUCCAACUUAGCUGCACAAAUGGAAAGAUCUAGUAGCUUUCGCGAGACGAUGGAACAUCCUGUCUCAUCUUCUCACCCGAGCAUGUUGAGGAGCACUUCACCAAUAGCACAAACCGAUGUUACAAAUUUUUUUCAGUGUUUGCGUUUUGAUCCUAAGGUGGUUGCCGCAGAUCACAAGUCUAUUCGUCAAGGUGACUUUAAGCGUCAUGUGAAUAUCGCUCUUGGGAUUCAAGGAGAUGAAUCUCCAAGCACACCCCUGAAAGGGAAGUUAAUUCCAUCUCCUAUACCAGAAGAGAUCAAGAGGCUAAAGGCUGGUCUGCGCGAAAACAAUGUGAAGGCCAGGGAGCGUUUGAAAAUUUUCAACGAAGCUUCCUCUGUAUUUAACAAGUUUUUUCCUAGUGUACCUACAAAGAAAAGGUCUCGACCAGAAGGGUUUUCUAAUGACCGCUCUGGUGAUCGCUUGGCUUUAGGGCCAGGUUUGGGUAAAAUGGGAAUUCAAGGUCAGACUCUGCCUGGUUGUUUUGAGCUUGACCAGCAAAAGCUGGACGAACGACCUAAAAGUGGUGCAUUAAAUAAGCGGACACGUACUUCCAUGAUGGAUGUUCGAAGUAAUGCUAUUGUUCGACAAUCGGCUGGUGUAGACAGGGAGAAAGACACAAUGAGGCUGGCAAAUCAUAACGCAGUUCAGGGUGAAGAUCGAUCUUUAAUUGGUAUUGAUGGUUGGGAAAAGUCGAAAAUGAAGAAAAAACGAUCUGGCAUCAAAACAGAUGGUCCUUCUAGUUUGGCUUCAAAUAAAGCUGUUGAUGGUUAUAGGGACUUGAAACAGGGCAUACCAAAAUCAGUUGGUGAUCCCCGCUCGAGAUUGAAUGGUGACUCAAACAUGUUAAGGCAUGGGGCAGUGAAUGGUGCUGUUCCUUAUGGGAGAUCGGAUAACCUCUCUCAGCAGACAGGCUUGGCAGCGCGUUCCUUACUCUCCAGGGAUUCCGAUCACAAUUCGUUGUACAAUGAGAAGAGAGAACGAGCUACUGGUUCAGAUAAGGAAAGGGUGAAUCUCAGGGCUGUCAACAAGUCAAAUAUCCAUGAUGAAUCCAAUUCUUCAAGUCCGACUUCAAAUCCAAAAAUAAGUGCUUCAGUUCGUGGUCCAAGAUCGGGAUCAGGGCUGCCGCCGAAACUUUCUCCGGUUGUCCAUAAUACUCCCUCUCCAAGUGAUUGGGAUAUUGUUGGCUGUACAAACAAACCUCCAUUGUUGUCUGGGGUUCCCAAUCGCAAGCGCAUGACAUCAAAUCGGUCUUCAUCACCACCUGUCACUCAAUGGGCCAGUCAACGACCACAAAAGAUAUCCCGUGUUGCAAGGAGAACGAACUUGGUCCCCAUUGUUUCAAGCAAUGAUGACAUUCCGUCAUCAGAUAACAUGUCAGAUGUUGGUUGUAGUGAAACAAGUUUUGGAUUUUAUAGACGCUCGCCUGCAGCUUCUCCACAAAUGAAAUUAAAAGGUGAAAAUAGCUUGUCUACAACAGCUUUAUCAGGAAGUGAAGAAUUCAGCCCCCCUGAGAUCAAAUCUAAAGACAAGGGAAAACAAUCUGAUGAGGUCAAUGGGAAAACUUCUCAGAAUGUUCCUAAAAUCUCUAUCGCUGGUUUACAAUCGAGAAAAAACAAGCUCGUCUCUGGAGAAGAGCUUGGGGAUGGUGUGAGGAGACAAGGAAGGACAGGCCGUGGCUUUACUUCAACAAGAUCUAUCAACCCAAUGGGAGUAAUGAAACAUGGAACAGCAAAACAACUUCGCAGUGCAAGAAAUAGUUCUGACAAGAAUGAAAGCAGGGCAGGUCGUCCACCCACUAGGAAACUCUCUGACCGCAAGGCUUACAAACGUCAGAAAAAUACAGCGACAAAUGCUACAACACUAGAUUUUCUUGAUGAUGGGCAUGAAGAGCUACUAGCUGCUGUUAACUCGGCUAUAAACUUUGCUCAGAAUUUUCCUAGCUCGUUCUGGAAGCAAAUGGAGCGCUACUUUUGCUUUAUAUCUGAUGCACAUAUCAACUUCGUGAAACAGCAGGGAGAACUCUCCUCCAUGGGUAGUACACCUGGUGGGACAUCUUCAGACUUUGAUAGUCAUGAAAUAUUUCCCGAGGAACUUGCAAGUAGGAAAGUGGAUUCUAAAGCUGCGCCACUUUAUCAGAGAUUGCUAUCAGCUCUAAUUUCAGAGGACUCAACCAGUGUGAAUGAAGAUUUACAAUUUGAUGGAUUUGGAGCCGAUGUUGAGUCAGAAUUCAGUGUUUUGAAUCAUAUGGUGGAGUUCAAUGGUUAUAGGAGUGAUAGACUGGAAUUUGAUGAGCUAGAAGAUGAUGUGUCUGUUAUCCCGCUUAAGGGUGUUAAUAGCUCAGCCCACCAUGUCAAUGGAAGAUUUUCAGAUCAUAUAUCCAUCGACUUCUCAGACAUUCAGUAUGAAACUUUGGGGAUAGAUGAGAAGAUUUAUAUGGAAGCUCAAUCUAUUGGAAUUUGCUUGGAACCCAUGCCUAGUAUUUCAAACGUGGAGGAUGAAGGAAUUGUUGAUGACAUCAAAACGUUAGAGGAGGCUAUUUGUGAGGUGGGUUCCAAGAAGAAAGAGAUGUUUACUAGGCUACUAAAGCCUGCCCUAGAAAUGAAAGAACGUCAGGAGAAGGAGUUUGAGUGGCUCGGUUAUGAAAAACUCAUCGAAAUGGCAUAUGAAAAGAGCAAGGCAAGUCGGCGUCAUCACUCUGCAAGUGGAAAGAGUUCGGCUAACAAGAUAUCAAAGCAGGCCGCAUUUGCUUUUGUGAAAAGGACGCUUGAAAGAUGUCGUCAAUUCGAAGAAACAGGCAAAAGUUGCUUUAGUGAGUCCACAUUUAAGAAUAUCAUCAUUGCCGGGUUGACACAAAUUGAAGAUAAUCCCACGGACAAGGAAGACAUUCUAUCAGCUUCAACACCCAUGGGAUCACAACCGAGCUCAUCAUUGGCAAUGCCAAUGACACAGAGCACGGAGAAUCAUGCCAAUUCUUCUGAAAAUGCUUUACGGGAAGGCAAAGAUGAAACGAUGUGGUCAAAUAGAAUGAAGAAGAGAGAAUUGCUGCUUGAUGAUGUGGGUGGGGCUCCACUUUCAAGCAGUACGAAAGGAAAGAGAAGUGAGAGGGACAGAGAUGGAAAAGGACAGGCUUCUUCGUCAAGAGGCGGAGGCACUAACAAGAUCGGUCGGCCUGCGCUUGUAAAUGCCAAGGGUGAACGGAAAUCAAAAACAAAGCCGAGGCAAAAAAUAACUCCGAUGUUUUCUUCUUCUUCUUCUGUCAAUAUCGUGGAGCAAACCAGAACAUCAUUGCCCAAAACAACUAACAGCAACAACAGCGAGUAUAGUAACUUGGAGACACUGGAUGAGUCAGAGCCUCUUGACCUAUCUCACCUGCAGAUACCAGACGGUUUAGGUGGUCCAGAUGAUUUCGAUACACAAGCAGGAGAUCUAAGCUCAUGGUUGAACAUCGAUGACGAUGCAUUACCAGAUACUGAUGAUCUCCUUGGACUUCAAAUACCCAUGGAUGAUCUUUCAGACUUAAACAUGAUGGUAUAAGCUCUUUCUCUCUUUAUUUCUGUAUAGUUCUCGUUUGUUAUACCAUUAGCGAUGAAGAUAGAUAAAGGCAAGUUUUGGUCCCCUGAAAGAAUAACCAGUCACCAGAGUC